AUGACUUUUUCCAUCCUCCGGCACCUCAGGGAUCAGUUCAAAGUGAACGUCCUGGCACCCGAGUAUCCUGGUUACGGGCUGCUCAGCCACCGGGAGCCUUCAGAGCAAGCGCUCAACGAAGUCGCUCUCACCGUCCUGCGGUAUCUUGUUGACGAAGUGGGCGUCCGGUACUCCCAGAUCGUUCUCUUCGGCCGCUCCCUGGGUAGUGGCCCCGCCGUGUACCUAGCAGCGCAGUAUCCCGUCGGAGGCCUGAUCUUGGUCUCUGCUUUUGCAUCUAUCAAGGCAGCAGUGCAGAGCAUCGUAGGGCGAGUGGCGGCGUGGACCUUCGCAGAGCGCUUUCCGAAUAGCCGGAUCAUCUCGAAUGUCUCCUGCUCUACGCUCUUCAUCCAUGGCGAGGCUGACAGCCUCAUACCGGCCGAUCAUUCGCUGAGGCUCUUCAAGCGCUGCCGAGCAAGGAAGCUGCUUGUGACACCCAAGAAGAUGGAGCACAACUCCAAUUUGUUCGGCGAUGCCUCGUUUCUGGCUGUGCCUGCGAUUCAUUUCUUUGGCUUUCCCGGAUACUACACAGUCUCACCUCCACGGCUACCAGCGCACCUCUUCGAAGAUCCCACGAAGAAGAAGGACAGUCUCAGCGACGCUGCAAAGGGGCCAUUCACCUGCCUGAAGAAGCCUUUGUUCUGCGACUGCUUCGCCAAGCACGAGGCGCAGAACAACAUGGCCGAUGGCACGCCAUGCAAGCCGGAGGGCACCAUAGAGAACAUCAGCAUUGGCUUCCCGGAGAUGGCCAUGGAGGAUCCAAGCAUCCUGCAGAUGGACCCGAAGUCCUACAAGGGACCCUCCUCGCCACAGCAGCCGCACAGCCCCUCGGCUGCGAGCAUCGGCGAGGAGGAUGCGCCCUCCAUGGGAGGCGGUCUCUCUGAGAUGAAACGGAUCGAUGUCGACAAGGAAGAGGACGAAGAGGAUGAGUGGCAAGAGCAAAGGGGCUCGAUAAUGCUUGAGACAGCGGUGAUUUGGGUACAGGCUAUUUCGAUGCUAGGCAAGCAGCGCGAACGCUUGCGGCUGACCAAGCAGCAGCAAGUUUUGUUGCCUGCUCGUGAAGAACCUGAGCUGGGCGCGCGAGCGCUGCUAGACUGGGAUCGCGGGACCCCAUGGAUGUUCCCCACUCGCAGUUUGGACCUCACGUUAGCCCAGUUCGUGACACCCGUGAGGGAGAGCGACAUGGUUCCGGAAGGGUGCGUGGCGGAAGCCUACCACCACGGACGGAAGGCCUUCCCUGGGACCGACUUCCAGGGGCUACGCAGGACAGUUCAAAGCUUGGUACAUGCGGACGUUGUGGUUUGCGUUGUGCGGGUGCUUAAGGCCCAAAGGGAUCUUGGUUCCGGGUCGCUUGCAGAGGAGGGCAGCCACCGAGGACGGCCUCCGCUCGCACCCGGCGUGGCCGCGCCAAAGGCACGCGCGACCGCAGGGAUGGACAAAGCCGUCAGCAGCACCAGCAGCAGCAAGCCGCACGUCGCUCGCACACGCGCGUCAGCCCAGCCCGCCAAAGAGCGACCCGCUGGCAAGCAGCCCGGCAAGCUGGUCGUAGAACCAACAGAGGCUGCGCAGCCUGCACGCAAUCACGAGAAGGAGGGCCACGUCCUUCGAGACUACGUCAGCGACGAUCUCCGAAAGGUCUUGGAUGAAGAGGAGGUCACCUACAGCUGGCGCCGUCGUCCCAAGGAGGAGCAAAAGGCGGAGAAGGUCGCGACGGUCGCAAAGCCCAAAGCUCCCGAGCCAGUGUCCAAGCCGUUGCCCGAGCCGUUGCCGGGCCCGAGCCAGGUCAGGGAAGUCGGGGAAGGAAGUGGCAACGUGGGCUUGCGAGGCGGGACCAACAGCGAUCCUCGCAGCAGUGGUUAUGGCAGAAGCAGUCUUUUGCCAUUGGCAAAGCUCGAGAGGCCCAGCAAAGCAGCUGCGCCUGGUCCGGCAAAGCCACCUGGGAAGAUUGACUUGGAGGCCGCAAAGGCCCGUCUUCCGGAAGCUCUGCGAUGGGAGCUUGUGCAGCCCCAGGUCCAGCUGGUCACGUACGAUGGCAGCGCGCCCUCUUUGAGACCCGGCCCGCUCUGCUGCGGAGCAGGCGACCAAGUGCCGGCAGUCCCGAUUUGGCUGGCACGGUGGCUGCAGGGCAAGUGCUCGUCGGCGGUGGCCAGCCUUUCUGCCGAAAGUUGGCUGCAGUCCGAGCAGAAGUGGGAGAAGGAGGCCACAAAGGAAACGGCGCCUUCCGCGCUGGCGACCAUAGCAGGACUCCAUGGUGAUCCCUCGGUAGCUUCGGCAGCGCUUCGCCGUCCUCCCAACGAGACUGCGGCCCAGGCCAUAAUAGCUGUGCUCCGGGAGUCCGGCAAAGAGGCUGGAGAACUCCUCGUGUCGGAGGUCGAGGUGGCGCUGACCAAGCUCGAGACGGAAAGCAUGGGCGAUCCGCAAGCUUACCUGUCAAGUGCACUCCACCGAGAAGUCUGGCGCUACGCCUGUUGCCAGUUGCCGGAGCACGCGCCGACCGGGCUGCUGCUCGGAGAUGCUUGGUUGCGGUCACAGCUGCAACAGACGGCACAGGAGAUUGUCCAGAGCUGCAAAGCCUCCAGCGAGGAGGUGUUGCGGAUGGAGAACCGCUUCCUGGACCGCUAUCUGGUCCAGCUUCUCGGAGUCAAGCGGCGACUGUCGGCCCUCUUGGACGAAUGGGAGAAGAUUGAUCAUUACGCAAUUCUGGGCGUCCCGCGCACCGUCUCGGACAAGGAGCUGCGGAAUGCGUACCGGAAGGCUUGCCUGCGGCUACACCCAGACAAAGGUGGCGACAAGCAGCAGUUCCAGCAGCUCCAGGAUUCCUACGCCAGGAUCCUGGAGGAGCGCGAGAAGGAGAAGAGUGCAGUGCCCACGCUAGAUGGUGGCAAGUGGCAGAGGCCAGCACCAGCAGAGGCGUCUUCCGGCGAAGGCCCGCUGGCACUCGAAGCUCCGGAAGCUCCGGAAGCUCCAGCAGCAGCGGAGGCAAUGCACCCGGCAGCAGCAGAGGUCGUGUCGUCUGUGAGCAACCUGCAGCAUCUGGCGGGACAGCUGCAAAAGCUGGUGGCCGAAGCCGAGCACGUAGAUCGCCUGGUCCGAAGUCUGCGGAAAACGCCGCCGAAGGAUGGCGUUGAGGCGCUGGCGAACGCGCAGCAGGCUGGAGAGACGCUGCUCUCCGUGAGUCAGAAGAUGAGUGAGGCUGCACCGCUACUGUCGGAGGCAGCGAUGGAAGUGGCGGAGUGCAGCCUGUCCGUGGCGGCCCGGUACGCCGCCGUGCCUUGUGCACUGCUGCUCACCGAUGUGGCGUUGUCUUGCACCCUCGAGGCUUCGAGGCUCAAGCACACGGGCCAGCUCCUGCACGAAGUGAGGCGAGACACCAUCGGCACGCUGCAGACCCUGCAGGCCAACCUCAGCAUGGCCAAGAUCGUGGGAACAAUCGAUGCCGAGACGCUGAAGCUGUCGCUGGGCCUGGUGGGCAAGGCCACCUCGCGUAUCAUGGCCGCUGUGAGGCAAGUGGGCGCAGCCUCUGUAGAUGCUGUGAGUCGCGGGGGCCAUUGCGCAGCCCAUAGCAGGGCGGUGUGCCGCUUCGCCGAGGGCCGCUCUGCAGCUGAGGCUGAGGCCUCUGAGGAAGUUCUCGAGGCGUUGCCAGCUCCCGAGGAGGCAUCCCAUCCCAGCAGCCCCGAGCCGGAUGCGCCGCCGCCUCGGGCGCCUGCCGCCCCGGCACCCUCUGCCGCGGAGAAGCCCCAGGCCCGGCCCGAAAGCCCCGCGAGCCGAGCACGGCAGCUGGAGCUCCAGGCAAGGCUGCAGAAUGACCGGCUUCUUCGCCAGCUGAAUGCUGAUCUGCAGGAGCUUCGGCGACGUGCCGUGGCCGGCCUCGUACAGCGAAGUCCGAGUUGCAGCCCUGAAGCAUACGACAUGGUGGCAGAGCUGCUGCUCUCUGCAACAGAAUCCGUCGUCGAGGCCUUCGUCCCCGAACCGGAGAGCUUCCGUGCGCUGCUCUUGGAGCAUUUCGACUUCGUCCUUGCCUGCGGGUGCGAGGUACAGGCCAUUCCUUUCGAUUUGCGGGCCCAACUGCUGCAGUAUCUUCUCAUCGUGGACUCCCAAGCCGUCCUCACAGCCAUGGAGCAUCAAGUGAAGCCGAGACUCCUGCGCUGUUGCCAGGCCAGCGCCAAAGAGGACCUAUUGGUGCCGGUCUUGCAGCAGCACUUCGAGCAGUUGGCCACGGCCGUCGUGAGCGCACGGCUUCGGUGA